CGAGCGGAAUUCUUCUGGAUUUUCGGCAGGAAUCCCAUGCUCCCGGCGGAGAAGAUCAGACUUUGUCAAGGACUUUUCGAGAGCCUUGGGGUCAACUAUAAGAAAAUGGUCCCCAUUGUACAGGGAGAGUCAUGUCCGUACGCUGACAAAAUUGACCAGAUGCUGGCUGAGAGCGAGGAUUAUUUAUUGAAUAUUUUAGGCCCAUACCAGCCUACGUCAAGCGUCCCUACUCCUCUGCCCCUGACCACCCCCGCGCCUAAACCUCCAUCAAGUGGCACGGUGGAGGAGGAGCUGAAAGAGAUCAAGGAAAUAGUGAAAGAGGAGAAGAAGGCCGUACAGGAGUUGGAAGAAAAGAUAUUGCUCAUCUCCGAAGAAAAUCUCCCGGGAAAUACAGGCGAGUCGGAAAAGGACAAAGAAAUGAUGGGUGACGAUCCCAACCCGCCAACCUGUGUUUCCACCUCUGCAACGUUGAUACUGAUCUUCGCAACGGCCCUCCUGCAACGCUGAACCUUCUACUCCCUUUCCAUUGUUACCCUUCCAUUAGCGUUAUGCCUUUUAUCUCCCUCUCUCUUAAAGAAUUCUGGAGUUGGAAACCAGCAGUUCUUGUUAUUUAUUGUCUCCGCUUGAAAGUUAUCGCCUAAUCAUACCUACCUGUAGAGUUUCAACUUAGUGCAUAGUGAUCUGUAUAUAGAAUAUUUCUAUAAGAAAUAAAGGUGUAUCUUUAC